UCUUACGUAACUCACGGAUACACUGACUAAAACCUAUUUGAAAUGUCCAGUGUAGAGUCACACGUGAAUUUAAAAUCAACCCUUUAAAUCAGUCUUUUAAAAACGCCAUCAACACGAUCUCUAGAUAAAGUUAAUAGUGAUUUCCUGGCGCGUGGUGAAUCUGAUCUAGCCGUCCCACAUUAAAUACUUCCGGGUAUUUCACUACACUCAGAUGUUGGCAUGAUUUGGUUUUGAGUGAAUCAGUUUUUUUUCUGUAUAACUUAAGGCGACAUGGACGAGAGCGUCUUGAAGUGAGCGUUUUUGUUUUUCUUCUUUGAUACCCGAUUGAUACUUUGUGGCUUUGUUUUAUCCAGCCAGAUGUGAGCGUGUACAUUUGUUUGGCCAUGUCCAGAUGUUGAUCUCAAGCGGAUUGGUAAUCCAUGGGAUUAAACGCCGCUGCUGUGUGAAGUGCUGUGUUGUGUAUUAACGUCCUCGUCAUGAAACGCAACGUUUUCUUUCUGGCGUCUUUUUUCCUGACGGAAUGCUCAAGGAGACACAUUAGGGAUGUCCUAGACGACGAGUACGACCAGCUCAGCUCAUUGCUGUCAGACUUUGAUGUUCUUCAGCUGUCCAGUCUUCAACAGCAUUCGGUUCGUAAGAGAGACGUCCAGUCGCAAACGCAUGCAGAAAGACUUCUCGGUUUCACUGCAUUGCAGAGGCAUUUCAAAUUGUACCUGACAACCAACACAGAGCUCUUCACCCAUGACUUUAAGGCAGUGAUAGUAGGAGAGAAUGGCGCUCAAGAGAUGUACGAGGUCCAGAGAGAAAACUUCUUCACUGGCCAUGUCAUUGGAGAGGAGAAUUCCAGAGUACAAGCACAUAUCGGCGACAAUGACUUCAUUGCUCAUAUUCUUACUGAUGAAGCGGAAUACAACAUUGAGCCACUGUGGAGGUUUAUGGAAAACCCUCGUGACGAUCGGCUGCUCGUAUAUCGCUCAGACGACAUCAGGAACGUGAGCCGGCUGGCAGCUCCAAAAGUGUGCGGUUACAUCAGUGCAGAUGCCAGUGAGAUACUUCCAGAAAGUGUGCGAGCAGCCAGAGCACUAUAUGAAGAUGAAGAGGAGGAGGAUGAGCACCUGAGAGAGAGAAGGCAGACGCAUGACCACAGUAAGAACACCUGCCCUCUGCUGCUUGUGGCCGACUAUCGUUUUUUCAAAUACAUGGGCCGUAAUGAGGAGAGCACCACCCUCAACUACCUGAUUGAGCUGAUUGAUCGUGUUGAUGACAUCUACCGUAAUACAACUUGGGAUAACGAGUUUAAAGGUUAUGGAGUUCAGAUUCAGCAGAUCAUAAUUAACAAGACACCCACAGAAGUAGAGCUGGGAGGUGCCCACUUCAACAUGAAAGGGACUCCUGUGAAGAGCAAAAAUGUCUGGGACGUCAAGAAGCUCCUGGAGCAAUUUAGCAUUGACAUCGCAGAUAAUGCAUCCAAGGUGUGCUUGGCUCAUCUGUUCACAUAUCAGGAUUUUGAUGAAGGCACACUCGGCUUGGCGUACGUGGCUCCUUCCAAACCAGGCUUUCCUGGAGGUCUUUGCUCUGAGAAGUGUCCUUCAGGAAAUGACAACCGUGCUAUACACCUCAACACUGGACUAACCAGCACUCAAAAUUAUGGGAAAACCAUUCUCACCAAGGCAACGGACUUGGUUACGACCCAUGAGCUUGGCCACAACUUUGGUGCCGUUCAUGACCCAGAUGAUAUGCCGCACUGCGCGCCCAGAGAAGACCAGGGGGGCAGAUACGUAAUGUACCCCAUUGCAGUGAGCGGGGACCACUCUAACAAUAAAUUGUUUUCAACCUGCAGUAAGAACGCCAUAGCAAAGACACUGAAGGCCAAGGCCUCCACCUGCUUCAGAGAGAGGAACAGCAAUGUGUGUGGAAACUCACGGGUGGAGGAAGGUGAGGAGUGUGAUCCCGGACUGCUCCACCUCAACAGCAACCGCUGCUGCACGUCAAACUGCAAACUGCAGCCCAAUGUGCAGUGCAGUGACAGGAACAGUGCAUGCUGCAAAGACUGCAUGUUUGAGAAGCAGGGCAAGAUGUGUCAGGAGCCAAUGAAUGCCACUUGCAAGGGUAGCUCUUACUGUACAGGACACAGCAAUGAGUGCCCUCCUCCAGAGAACCUCCCUGACGAGACCAUCUGUGUGGACAAUGGCCGGUGUCUGAACGGAGAGUGCAUCCCGUUCUGUGAAGCUGUGAAGAACCUGAAGUCGUGUGCAUGCAAUGAGACAGUCAACUCUUGUAAGGUGUGCUGCAGGGAUAAGAAUGCUGUUUGUGCUCCUUAUGUGAAUGACAAGGGUAACCACCUCUAUCUGCGGAAAGGCAAACCCUGCACUGUGGGCUUUUGUGAUGGAGUGGGCAAAUGCAAUAAACAAGUCCAGGAUGUUAUUGAGAGGUUGUGGGAUUUCAUUGAGAAGUUGGACAUCAAUACUUUUGGGAAGUUUCUGGCUGAUAACAUUGUUGGCUCAGUGGUGGUCUUUUCACUGCUUUUCUGGAUCCCUCUCAGUAUUCUGGUCCAUUGUGUGGAUAAGAAACUUGACCAUCAGUAUGAAUUGAACACAAAAUCACUCUUCUACCCCAGUAAUGCAGAGCUCCUGAGCAGUCUAGAAUCAGCCUCAGUGCGGAUCUUCAAACCACCCACAUCCUCAGGCUCCUCUGCAGUGCCACGCUUCCAGACGUCUGGACCUCUGCAGACCAGCACACCCCCUGUCUCCAUCUCUCAGGUGGCUCCAGCUCCAACUCCAACCCCAACCCCAACCCCAUAUCCUCUCCCUACAAUAGAGCCCCAACGCAUGGCCACCAUCCAAGAAGAUCCCAGCUAUGAUUCCCACCUGGAUGAACAAGCCCUGGGAGAAGACUUCCCUACUUCCGGCUCAGCGUCACGCUCCUUUGACGAUCUGACAGAGAACCGAGAGAAUGCCAUGUCCUUCAGAGUAAAGAGACAUGGACGGAGUAAUAGCAAGGAGACUGAAUGUUAAGUGCAAUUGUAUAAAUUAAUGGUGGAAAAAAUGUGACUAUGAUUGAAGAAUAUUCUAAGGGAAUAUGAUUGGGAAUGCUCAAAGUUGAGCAGCACAAGCGAUACAUAAUCAUUGAUCUGCAAUGUGUGCUAACAGCACCAGUAUUAAAAAUAAUAAGAAUGCAGUAUGUUUUAAAGGGAUAUUUUACUCCGUAUACUACUCCUGUAACUGGAUCACU